GAAAAAAAAAAAGAGCCAAAGUGAAGAAAAAAAGGCAUUUUGUUUGCUUCGUUGCAUGAUUUGAUCUUUCUAUUCCUCUUUUAUUUGAUUAGAUUUUAAUGAUUUUCCACUCACAAUAACACUGUGAUCGUUCUCUGGAAAUUGGAACUGCCCAGAGAAAUUUACAAGCGCUACAAGGAAAAUGAGGAUCAGAUUCAGCAUUUUUGAGCCUCUUUCAUAGUUAAUUUUUCUUCCAAGCUCGAUAUCGAAACUACAAUUAUGGUGCACAGUGCUUACGAUUCCUUCCAGCUUCUCAGUGGGUGCCCCACGAAAAUUGAUGCCAUCGAAUCCUAUGGCUCAAAGCUCCUUGUCAGCUGCUCCGAUGGGGCCCUUCGAAUAUACGGCCCCGAACCUUCCUUCUCCGACCGAUCUUCAUCCUCAGAUUACCUUGGCCAAGCUCAAGAGCUGCGAAAGGAAACUUAUGCACUGGAGAGAACUGUUACUGGGUUUUCAAAGAAGCCUCUCUUAUCAAUGGAGGUGUUGGCAUCCAGAGAGCUACUUUUAUCUCUUUCUGAAUCAAUCGCCUUCCAUAGAAUUCCCAAUUUGGAAACUUUAGCAGUCAUCACCAAGGCCAAAGGCGCCAAUGUGUAUUCAUGGGAUGACAGAAGAGGAUUUUUGUGCUUCGCUAGGCAAAAGCGAGUCAGCAUCUUCCGGCAUGAUGGGGGACGAGGAUUUGUGGAGGUUAAGGAAUUUGGUGUCCCAGAUACUGUGAAGUCCAUGUCUUGGUGUGGUGAAAAUAUUUGUUUAGGGAUUAGAAAGGAGUACAUGAUACUGAAUGCCACUAAUGGUGCAUUGACUGAUGUAUUUCCUUCUGGUAGACUAGCUCCUCCUUUAGUGGUCUCUCUUCCUUCUGGGGAGCUCCUUCUUGGGAAGGAGAACAUUGGGGUCUUUGUGGACCAAAAUGGCAAGCUUCUUCAAGCAGAGAGGAUUUGUUGGUCGGAGGCCCCUUCUGUCAUUGUCAUUCAGAAACCUUAUGCAAUAGCUCUGCUUCCAAGACGUGUUGAGAUUCGGUCUCUCCGAGUUCCAUAUCCAUUGAUACAGACCAUUGUACUUCAAAAUGUCCGUCAUCUUAUUCAAAGCAAUAAUGCAGUAAUCGUUGCGUUAGACAAUUCUGUAUAUGGGCUCUUCCCUGUUCCACUUGGGGCACAGAUUGUACAGUUAACAGCAUCUGGGAAUUUUGAGGAAGCCUUGGCCUUAUGCAAGCUGCUUCCACCUGAAGAUUCAAGCUUGCGAGCAGCAAAGGAAGGGUCAAUUCAUAUAAGAUAUGCUCACUAUCUUUUUGAGAAUGGGAGCUAUGAAGAGGCUAUGGAACACUUUUUAGCAUCCCAAGUGGAUAUCACAUAUGUCCUUUCUUUGUAUCCAUCUAUUGUUCUUCCCAAGACAUCUAUGCUUCGUGAACCAGAAAAGCUAAUGGACAUUUCUUCAGAUGCUCCAUAUCUCUCAAGAGGUUCAUCUGGAGUAUCGGAUGAUAUGGAAUCCUUAGCUCCACCGCAGUUAACUGAAUUUGAUGAGCAUGCUGCCCUUGAAUCCAAGAAAAUGAGCCAUAAUACUCUCAUGGCUCUCAUUAAGUUCUUGCAGAAAAAGAGAUUCAGUAUAAUUGAAAAAGCCACUUCUGAGGGAACAGAAGAAGUUGUUUUUGAUGCUGUUGGAGAGAAUUUUGGACCGUAUGACUCAAGUAGGUCUAAGAAAUCCAACAAGGGGCGUGGUACAAUUUCCAUUAACUCAGUUGCCAGGGAAAUGGCGUCAAUACUGGAUACGGCACUACUUCAAGCUCUUCUUCUUACUGGACAAUCUUCGGCAGCUUUAGAAUUACUUAGAGGUCUUAACUACUGUGACCUAAAGAUAUGUGAGGAGAUUCUUCAAAAACAGAAUCAUUAUACUGCUUUAUUGGAACUUUAUAAGUGCAACUCCAUGCACCGAGAAUCUCUUAAGCUCUUGCAUCAAUUAGUUGAAGAGUCAAAAUCAAGCCGAGCACAAACUGAACUUAACUCAAAGUUCAAACCUGAAUCAAUUAUUGAAUAUCUUAAGCCUCUCUGUGGAACGGAACCCAUGCUUGUCCUGGAGUUCUCAAUGCUUGUUCUUGAAAGCUGUCCAACGCAAACUAUUGAGCUUUUCUUGUCUGGGAAUAUCCCUGCAGACUUGGUCAACUCUUAUCUGAAGCAGCAUGCUCCAAGCAUGCAGGGCAGAUAUUUAGAACUUAUGCUUGCAAUGAAUGAAAAUGGAAUCUCUGGAAACCUGCAGAAUGAAAUGGUACAAAUCUAUCUUUCGGAAGUACUUGAAUGGCACACAGAUCUGAGUGCUCAGCAGAAAUGGGAUGAGAAGGCUUAUUCCCCAACAAGGAAAAAAUUAUUGUCUGCUUUGGAGAGUAUCUCAGGUUAUAACCCUGAGGCUUUGUUGCAACGGCUUCCAGCAGAUGCAUUAUAUGAAGAGCGUGCAAUUUUAUUGGGGAAAAUGAACCAGCAUGAGCUUGCCUUAUCUCUUUAUGUUCAUAAGCUUCAUGUUCCUGAACUUGCAUUGUCCUAUUGUGAUCGGGUUUAUGAGUCUGCAUCUCAUCAACCAUCUGCAAAAUCUUCUGGCAAUAUAUACCUUACUCUUCUGCAAAUUUAUCUGAAUCCCCGGAAGACAAUCAAUAACUUUGAAAAGCUAAUUACAAAUGUAGUGUCGUCUCAUAGUACAAGUAUUACAAGGGUUGGUUCUGGUACAUCAGUUAAAGCUAAAGGAGGUCGUGGAGCUAAGAAAAUUGCUGCAAUAGUGGGUGCAGAGGACAUGCGUUUUAGUCUUAGUAGUACUGACAGUAGUAGAAGUGAUGGUGAUGCAGAUGAAUUUACGGAGGAAGGAGGUUCAGCGAUCAUGCUUGAUGGGGUCCUUGACCUUCUGAGCAGAAGGUGGGACAGAAUCAAUGGAGCUCAGGCACUCAAACUUUUGCCAAAGGAAACUAAAUUGCAGAAUUUGCUUCCUUUUCUUGGACCUCUUAUGAGAAAAUCGAGCGAAGCAUACCGGAAUCUCUUGGUUAUCAAGAGUUUGAGGCAAAGUGAGAGCUUGCAGGUGAAAGAGGAAUUGUACAACCAAAGGAAAACAGUAGUAAAGAUCACCAGUGAUAGUAUGUGCUCUCUUUGCAGCAAGAAAAUUGGAACGAGUGUUUUUGCAGUCUAUCCCAAUGGGAAAACACUUGUGCACUUCGUUUGUUUUAAGGACUCGCAGAGUAUGAAAGCUGUGGGUAAAGGCACACCACUAAGGAAGCGAUGAGGCUGUGUAUUCACGUGCAGUGAAUGGCAUCUUUUCCUCUACUUCAACUUGAGAAUGGCAGUUUUUCUUUGCAACAGGUUUAAGCUGCAAAGAUGUUUCGUAAUCAUUAGAUCCUUGAUUGAAACCUGCGUGUUGGCCACUAUGGUAGUGAUGCACCACUUGGCCAUGUUCACAGAGUGUGGCUAGUCGAAAACUGUAGUCUCUGCAUGAAGGGAUGAUGAGAUGGUGAUUUCUCAAUUCUCAUUCGGCAGAGAACCAUAUAUAUUUAAUUUGUGCAUAGUAAUGGAUGUGUGGCUUGCAUUAUGUAAGGCUUUUAGAUUCACUAUGUUUCUAAUAUGAUGAGGGUGUUUUAAGGUUCCA